CGCACGGACUGAGUGUAGACGUGGAGAGAGACAAAAAUGGAGGCUUUCAAUUGAAAUCUCUUGGACUGCAACGAAGAGUUCAAGCUCUCCAGUCGUUUCCUACCGACUGGAUUAGAAAGAGAGAGAAAUGGGGGAUCUGUAUGCGUUGGAUUUCGAUGGAGUUCUAUGUGAUAGCUGCGGAGAGAGCUCGAUUUCUGCUGUUAAGGCAGCUAAACUGAGAUGGCCUGAAUUGUUUGUUACGGUGGAUUCAUCAAUGGAGGAUUGGAUUGUUGAUCAGAUGCACAUAGUGCGGCCUGUAGUGGAAACUGGAUAUGAGAACCUGUUACUUGUGAGAUUGCUUCUGGAGAUUAAGAUCCCAUCAUUGCGAAAGUCAUCAGUGGCUGAAGGGCUCACAAUUGAUGGAAUAUUGGAAAACUGGUCAAAGAUAAAACCAGUAAUAAUGGAUGAAUGGAGUGAAAACAGAGACCCCCUUGUAGAUCUGUUUGGAAAAGUUAGGGAUGAAUGGAUUGAGAAUGACUUGGCCACCUGGAUUGGAGCUAACAGGUUUUAUCCAGGUGUUCCUGAUGCAUUGAAGUUUGCCAGUUCACAAGUCUAUAUAGUUACCACAAAACAAGGUCGUUUUGCUGAAGCGUUAUUGCGGGAACUUGCUGGAGUUACGUUACCACCUGAAAGAAUAUAUGGCCUUGGAACUGGUCCAAAAGUAGAAGUGCUGAAGAUGCUUCAAAAGCAACCUGAACACCAAGGUCUCACCCUACACUUCGUGGAAGAUCGACUAGCAACAUUAAAAAAUGUCAUCAAAGAACCGGAGUUAAAUGGAUGGAACUUGUAUCUAGGUGACUGGGGUUACAACACUCAGAAAGAGAGGGAGGAAGCUGCCACUUAUUCUAGGAUUCAUCUGCUUCAGCUUUCUGAUUUCAGCAAGAAGUUAAAAUGAAUGUGUUUUUCCAAAACAUCUUUGUAACAUCAAUACAACUGGUAACAUUUUUAUUUUCUAAUGUUUUUUUUUUUAAUCUUAAUAGAUUUUUUCUAAAUAUUUUUGGAACAAACUUAAAUCUUAAUAAAUUGAGAAUUAUGGCUUUUACAAUUGGUUUUAUCAUGUAAUUGGAAAAGAAUCGUUGGCAGCCAUUUAUUCCAUGUAUAAUAGUAUCCAUUAUGCACCAUGUUUGACCAAUUAACGUUUACAUUUUGAUUUCAAUUUUAUGCAACCAAAAUUUUUUUUUCUUUCAAAACUUGAAUAUUUCCAAAUCAGUAAAAACGCGAUAACCAAAAUUAUAUGGGCGUAAUGUAUUUGCUGAAACUGAAAACAUGAUCUCACAUAUAUAAAAAAAACAAAAUAAAUAAAAACAAACAAAAGGGAAAGCCAAGGCAACUAGUCCACAACGUUUGGAAUAAAACCCAAACCCGAUUAGUGAAUUAAUCAUAUUAAGAACCAUAACAAUCUUUACAAUAUCUAGUUCCAUUUCCAGGAACAACGAUUUGCAUGUAACUUGUACAAAAAAACUAAUUUAGAUCUAUAUACUAAAACUAAAAACCAAACUCGAAGAUAGAUAUCAUCACAUCAAACUCCAUCAAUUAAUAGAUUUAUUGGUAGAAUUGACCAUGGUGUAUGACAGAUUUUGUGAAAGAAAAGUAAUAUGAAUCAAUAUGUGCAUUGGGUGGAAAUUGUGUGAUGGCUAUAUUACAGUUAUACAUACAUGUGGUCCAUAAUUGGCAGCAAUACUUUACAUCAGGCCCACUGUUCCAUUAUACACUUGACACGCUACCAUGUUAUACUCGUAGUUACAAACGACCAUUAACAGGUGACCAAAAAAAACCAUGAUUUCAAAUGACGACCAUUUUGCCCUUGAUUACGCUUAUUUUUAUGCAGUUUGAGGAAGAAUGAGUUGGCUGAUUGGCAGCAACAACCUUAUUCAUUGUACCCUUAGGUUAUACCAUUUUAAAAGUAACAUGUGGAUAGUUGCCAGCUACUAUUUGAUCGGUUUCACACGUCGAGCACUAUAUCCCCUUCACAGAAAACUGUCAAAAUGGAAACAAAUAUUGACAAAAUCGGUGUAAAGAUAACCAAAUUAGAUGCAGCAAAAGGAAAGGAAACCAUUUAGAAAGACAAUGACCAAAGCAAGAGAGUAGCCACAUAGAAAAUGAAAGCAAGAUAAAUUACCAAGUAAGAUGUGGGAGAUGGGUGUGAAUGAGCAGGCGGAAAAUGCGGUAUUGGGGACGGAGAGAGCACAAGGGAAAGAAGGAGAAGUAAGAGGGAAGAUGAUAAGAGAGGGUUAUAGUCGAGGCUUUGAAGAAGUGUCUCUGUGUCUGUAUAAGUAACAUGAAGCACAUGAUGGAAUCUUGUGGUAGAUUGUACAUUGCACAUCGUAAACAAGACCUUUAGCUACAGUAACUUUGUCUCAAAGACAAAGUUACAUUUUAGUAUAUAUAGUGGUAAUUGAGCCCACGCUUUGUAGCGAGUUUUUAUGUAUUUUUGUUGCGUAUUAGAGGGAACUUAUUUGCAAAGUUGAAAGUUUAGA